AUGUCGGACAUCGCCAUGGACAUUGACAGUACUCCAGGGGAGGCUACAAAGCGCAAAGCUCCUGAUACAAAGUCAAAGAAUAUCCAUUUCACAUCCCGCAACCCGCCCUGGACCUACUUCAAGCUCAAGCUGAUCCCCCAGCCUGGCGAAACCCUCCAAUCACUUGACGCCCUUUCCGCGCGAACAUAUAUCACCUCUGCACUGUCGCAAUUCUACGGCUUAACAGGAACCGCCAUUCCGAUCGACAUCUUGAAGAUCGAGAACGCCUCUCCGACCGAGAAAUGUGACUCUGUCUGGCUGCGCGUUCCACGCGAAGACGCAGGCGCCAUAGUGAACUCCGUGAGCUCAUGGAUCGGGGGCGGAAACAAAUCCGUGGGGUCCGCAGAUGUCGCGUGGAGAAUUUGCGCGAAAGGAAACUUCCUGGGUGCGUUGAUCGCUGGGUCUGGUGAGGACUUAUUCGUCCCCUAG